CCCGAGGCCCCUGGAGAUGUUCUUGCUGCUGCUGCCGCCCCUGCUGUGGGCAGGGUCCCUGCAGGAGAAUCCGAGGGUGGAGAUACAAGUGCCAGAGUCGGUGACGGUGCAGGAGGGCCUGUGCGUCCUCGUGUCCUGCACGGUGUCCUCCAUCGGGGUUGGCUUGAAUGACCCCGCACCUGCCUACGGCUCCUGGUUCCAGAAAAGGUUUAGUGCCCCAAAGGACGUUCUCGUGGCCACAAACAACCCAGCCAGGACAGGAAAAGCGAAGACCAAGUUUCCAUUCCUCCUCUCCGGGGACCCCAAGACCAACAACUGCUCUCUGAGCAUCGCAGGCGCCAAGAAGGGGGACGGUGGACUCUAUUAUUUUCAACUGGAGAGAGGAGGGGACUUGAGAAACACUCACAAGAGUGUCCUGGUCCCCGUGACAGUGAGAGCGCUGACACAGACCCCCGACAUCCACAUCGACCGGCCCCUGGAAUCUGGCUGCCGCAGCCACCUGACGUGCUCCGUGCCGGGGGCCUGUUUCCAGCCGACGCCCCCCAUCGUCUCCUGGAUGGGGGCCGCCCUCGGAGCCCCGGGCCUGGACUUGAGGGCCUAUAACUCCUGGGAGAUCUCGCUCACCCCACGCCCACAGGACCACGGCACCAACCUCACCUGUCGGGUCACCUUUCCCAGGGCUGGCGUCAGCACCGAGGGGACCCUCACCCUCAGCGUGUCCUUUGCUCCACGGGACCUGACCAUCAGCCUCUUCCGGGGAAACUGCACAGAACUGAAAUACCCAGGGAACGGCUCGUCUCUUACCAUCCCGGAAGGGGAGUCCCUGCGCCUGGUCUGUGUCGCCGACAGCAACCCUCCGGCUACACUGAGCUGGGUCAAGGGGAACCAGACCCUGAGUCCCCUCCAGGCCUCGAGGCCCGGGCUCCUGGAGCUGCCCCGGGUGGAGUCGGAGCAUGAAGGCGAAUUCAUCUGCCAAGCUCAGCAUCCUCGGGGCUCCCUGCGCGUCUCCCUGCACCUCUCUGUGCACUACCCCCCACAGCUGCUGGGACCCUCCUGCUCCUGGGAGGAUGAGGGUCUGCACUGUGGCUGCUCAUCCCGAGCCCAGCCGGCCCCCUCCCUGCGCUGGCGGCUGGGGGAGCGUCUGCUGGAGGGGAACAGCAGCAACGCCUCCUUCAUCAUCACCUCCAGCUCCUCCGGGCCCUGGGCCAACAGCUCCCUGAGCCUCAUCGAGGGGCUCAGCUCCGGCCUCAGAGUCAGCUGCGAGGCCACGAAUGUCCACGGGGCCCGGAACAUGACUGUCCUGCUGCUGCCAGGGAAGCCCGAGCUCCGGGAAGGAUUCGUUUUGGGGGCUGUCGGGGGAGCUGGUGUUGCCGGCCUGCUCAGUCUCUGCACCUGUGUCCUCUUCCUCAUAGUGAAGACCUGCAGGAAGGCGGCACCCGAGGCGGCAGCUGGUGAGGAUGCCCCCUCCAGGCUGGGUCCUAUCUCCCCGGCUGACCAAUACGAGUGCCUGCCAGGCAGCUCCCUAGACCGCCUGCCCCCAGCUGUGGCCGCCCCGGGCGUGGGAGAGGAGGAGCUCCACUAUGCCUCCCUCACUUUCUGCGAGCUGAGGCCCCGGGAGCCCCGUGACCAGGAGGCCACCAGCACCACUGAAUACUGUGAGGUCAAGAUCCGCAAAUGACGGCCCCCAGCUCCAGCGGCCUCAGGCCGGAGGACUCAGGGCUUCCCCGGGAAGGGGGAUCUCAGGGGCCAAUCCCCGAGGGUACAGUUUUCUAUGUAAACGGGCUGCCAGUGAGUGUACGGGAGUCACACUAGUGUGGUGACUGGUGGGCAGAACUGGGCUCAAAUUUCAGCCCCGUCCCCAAUUACAAGCGUGAGUUUGAGCAAGUCCCCGGACCUCUCAGUGUUCCUCUCUGUAGAAUGGACACAACAAACCUACCCCACAGGGUGGCUGUGGGGCGUCGAGGCAGUCAUUGACCUAAGGCAUCCGACAGGGUGCGUGGGCAGAGGGCACGGUGCCCGAGGCCACACCUCCCAGGACAGCUGGGCUGGUGUACGGGUGCCGCCAUCCUGGCCCAAAUGGGGGCCACCCAGCAGGGCUGUUCUAGCUCAGAGCUCCCCACAGGCCGGGCUUCGGCUGUCGUUGGGCUGCGUCACCGCUUGGUUCUCCCUCUGGGCCACCUGCCUCCUCCUCCUCCUCUCCAGGGGACGACCCCUGGGGCACCUCCUCGUGGACGCCCUGCCGGCCGGGCUCUCUCACCGCCUCCUUCCUGGAAACCCAACUCGGGUAUUUUACCCCACAGAGAGCCACUCGCUGAGUAUCUGAAAUAAAUGAAGGGCCAUCCAGAUUACAUAGCUCUCUCUUUAAUUAUACGUCCCCGAUGUUUUGGUUCCCUUUAAUGGCUUCUUCUUUUUGCAGAAUUUGCUUAUAAAAUUCCUUGCAAUUACAGUCUAUGUUGUUAUGUAGUUUUUACAGUGGUCACAUCCAACUUUUGUUCUUUUUUUCACUGAAUGCCCAGUGGCUUUUUUCUACUAACGAGGAAGCAUGCUCAGCAUUGGUGCGAUGAGCCAAUAUGUCAAACACGUAUUGGCACACAGUGAACGAUGCUGACAGCUGCUCUUUGGCUUGGAUGAGUUGAAGCCCGUGAUGAGACCACGGGACCAGUUUCAACUGACCCCAUCUUAUCAACAACAGAACACUAAAGUUGUUUUCCGGGGCAGCAGCCAAAACUGCACGUCGUGUAGCCGGAGCACACGAGGAAGAGAAAAUUUAGACCUGAAAUAACGCCUGAGCCAAAGAUUCCCGCCCACGGAGCCAAAAGGACCGGGAUGCAAACGGAACUUGAAAGAUGGACUCUUUCCAGAAGCGAGGGGUCUGCUGUCCAGGAAGAUCUGACUUGAAAGCCCUUCUCCACACUUUACCACAAUUGGUCUUGCUUGGAGCCCUGCCCAUGGAAAUUCAUCCUGCCAGCGAUUCCGCAUACCAACCUGCCCUCCGGAAUCCCUUAAAUUUCACCCCAAACCUUGGACUGGGGAGACAGACUUGAGAGCCUUGCCUCCUGUCUCCUUGCUGGUUGACCUCGCAAUAAAGCAUUUUCUUUUCUCAAACCUGGUGCCAUAGGAUUGGCUUUUUGUGCGCGUUGGGCGGUGGGCCCUUUACCCGGAAACGGGAAUUCCACCUUUCACGGGACA